CAUGGAUUGCUAUGGGAAGUAUGCAGCUGUCACUUUGACCAUUUUGUCUGUAUUUCUGCAUCUUCUUCAUGCUUUCCCAGAUGGAGAGUUUCUCAUGCAAGGUUGUCCAGAGUGCAAGCUAGGGGAGAACAGGUUCUUUUCCAAGCCAGGAGCGCCCAUUUACCAGUGCACUGGAUGCUGUUUCUCCCGGGCCUAUCCCACUCCAAUGAGGUCCAAGAAGACCAUGCUCGUUCCAAAGAACAUUACGUCAGAAGCAACAUGCUGCGUAGCAAAGGCUUUUACCAAGAUUACCCUUAAGGACAAUGUGAAGAUAGAGAACCAUACAGAUUGUCACUGCAGUACCUGCUACUAUCAUAAAUCCUAAAGCCUGUCCCUUUGUUAAUGACCAAGGACAACGGUGAACGGAAUAUUUGUUUUUCAGCUUUUAUAGCACCGCUGUGUAAAAUCUUCUAUUUUCUGGUCAAGACACUGGGUAGACCUUUGAAUAAGAUGGAUGGCUGUUUUAUUUCCUCUUUGCUUCUUCAUGCAUUUAAGUUUAAUUAUUUCCAUUAGGGAUAAAAUACAGCACUUGCAUGACAACUGAAGGCUUGAUCUAUUUUUAAAAUAAACUGUCAGUUAAAUCAUCAA